AUGACCGUUGUUGAAUAUGCUGCUAAGUUUGAAGAGCUAGUAAAGUUUUAUCCACACUAUAAUAGUGUGGCUAUUGUAAAUGCAUCAAAUUUGAGAGCGGCUUACACCCUAAGAGCAAGCAAGAGACUGAAUGAGGAAAAAGGGAAAAUUCAGAAUUGUGGGAAACUGUACAGUGCUCCAGCUGACAAUGGGAAGCAGAAGGUUUCAUAUGCAAAAAGGCAAAGUGGGAGAGAGACUCCCGCUUCUGUCAAGUGUUUCAAGUGUGGCAAGCCAGAUCACCAUGCUAAUGAGUGCAAGAACAAUGUUCUAAGAUGCUUUAAAUGUGGAAAUACAAGUCACUGUGUGGCAGAGUGCAUGAAUGAUGGUCCGACUUGUUUUAGUUGUGGUGAGGUUGGUCAUAGUAGUACUAAUUGCCAUAAACCAAAGAAAGCUCAGUCUAGGGAGAAAAUGUUUCCCUUGUCUGGGACAAAGACUACUAGUACUGACAGGUUGAUUCGAGGUAUGCGUUAUAUUAAUGGUAUUCUUUUGAUUGUUAUUAUUGACACGGGUGCAACAUAUUCUUUUAUUUCGCUUGAUUAUGUAGAGAGGUUGAACCUCAAAUUAUCUUCUAUGAAUGGGAGUAUGAUUGUUGAUACUCUAGCCCUAGGUCCAAUAACGACAUCAUGGGUUUGCUUGAAUUCUCCGUUGACUAUUUAUGAUAAGAAUUUUGGGAUGGAUCUAGUCUGCCGUAGAAUAACUAAACAAGUGGGUGAAUCUUUGAUAAAUGGUGCUGGGGUGUUUAUGAUAUUAGCCUCGAUGAAGGUUGAAAGCAAAGUUGUGAUCGAUGAACUAUCAAUGAUAUGUGAAUUUCCAAAAGUGUUUCCAUAUGAUAUUUGUGACUUGCCUCCAAAGCAUGAAAUUGAGUAUGCCAUAGACUUAGUACCUAGUACUAGUCCUCUGUCGAUGGCACCUUAUAGAAUGUCUGCUUUGAUGCUGAGUAAACUAAUGAAACAAUUAGAAGAUCUACUUGAGAAAAAGUUUGUAUGA